AUGUCAGACAAAACGAAACUUCUGGAUGAACCUAUUCAUGGUAUCUAUAUCCCAAUUGGUCUCUUAUUUGUGGGUUUGGCUAUUGCCUGCUUCACCAUCAAAGACUAUACGUUUCUUUGGAUUCUUCCGUUUGCUGGUCUUCUUAUCGCGGCUCGAUUCACCAUUGCAUACCGUCGUAAGAGGUCUGUCUUUCCAAACAAAUGGUCGUCUUUGGAGCUUGAAGACCAGACUUUGAUCUCGAAAAAUACAGCCAUGUAUCGCUUUAAGAUGAGAACUCCUUUAGAAGCCCUGAACUUCCCCGUUGGCCAUCAUUUGGCAGUUCGGGUUCCUGUAGAUGGUAAAGAGCUGGUCAGAUAUUAUACCCCCGUGUCUCCCAGGUAUCAGCCGGGACAUUUCGACAUCAUUGUGAAAUCUUAUGCUGAUGGCCAGGUCUCCAAAUAUUUUGCUGGUCUAAAGCCUGGUGCUACUGUGGACUUUAAAGGCCCUGUUGGCAGAUUCAAUUAUGUCACCAAUUCAUACAAGCACAUUGGAAUGAUUGCUGGCGGUUCAGGUAUUACACCAAUGCUGCAGAUUCUGAACGAAAUUAUUACCACGCCUGAAGACUUCACGAAUGUUUCUCUGAUCUACGCGAACGAAACCGAAAAUGAUAUUCUACUUAAAGAUGAACUGGACGAAAUUGCUGAAAAAUAUCCUAACUUUGAGGUGAAUUAUGUUCUCAACAAGCCAUCCUCUAACUGGCGUGGCGAUGUGGGGUACGUCACAAAGGAGCAUAUGGAGAAGUACUUACCUCCAUUUUCGAGUGACAGCAGAUUGGUCAUGAGUGGCAGACCAGAAAUGAUAAGAAUGCUUUUAGACUACGCGGAGGAACUCGGCUGGCCAAGAGGCAUCGAAAAAUCCAAGGGUGACGAUCAAGUGUUUGCAUUCUAG